CUGCUCUAAUAGCCGGUAGAAAGCCUAGAGAGACUGCACAUCUUGGACUUUUGAGUUCUGGACUGUCUGGGAUACCGCAAACUCAAUUCGCAGUGGGAAGAGACUUGAGAGCAAGAGUAUAGGAUCUGCGUACUGCCCAAGUGUUAUUUCCUACCUACGGGAGAAUUGUUGUGGUGGAAGAAGAAGAAUAGUCGGUUCAUACCUCACCAAAACCAUUUCACGUGGUGUCGAUGCUGCUCAGAUGCCCAGGUGAUUUAAAAGCAGCAGAAGUGUCUAGCUACAACAAGCUAGGCAGGCCUGAUUCUACUACGAAGGGGAUAUCUGCACUCUUCCAUAUUUUCAUUCUAUAUCCCUCCUUCACCUCUCUUCACAGUUUGUGCUCGAGACUCAUUUCAUCAAACAUCUUCUUUUGCUCCGGAUCGUGGUUCGUGGUUCUCCCAAUUCGCAGCCUUUCCCAUGCACGCUGGGCUGGCGCCAUCUCAGCUACCCAAACCCAAGAACGUGCUGAGAAAUACGCCCACCAGCACGAUAUCAGUUCCAAUCUUCCCGUAACAGAAUCUCUCUUCUCCCCAUCCACAUCCACCGAACCCCACGACCGCCCAUUGAGUCGAUAUUCUCGCAGGGCGAAUUUCUUCCUUCUGGGCACCCGGAUGCCAGAAACGCCCUUCCAUCCUUUGCCUCUCGACGCUCUCGCUUGCCUCCCAUCACGCGCCUAUCGCAUUCCCUUUUUCUUCGCAAAAAGGGUGUGAGACGGAAGUUACACGUCGGCCCACGGUCUCCGAUUACCAAUUUGCUCCCUUUGCGCUACUGCCACCGGCCAGCUCGUCGAGCAGUUGGCACGGAGGAUAUACUUACCUCUGCAGAAGACCCUGUUGCAAGAAAGA